AUGGCGAAGCAAGAGAAGGCGCAGGCCAGAUCCCAACGAGUUCCGGUGCCUCGGGGCUUCAGAACGAAUGAACUUUACUACAUGGAAGAGGACACUCAAAGGAGGAUUCACCAUCUUAUGCAGCAGAAGAAAGAGGGCUCUGUCGGGUCUCGACAGCCUCCUAAGGGCCCUCGUGCGCUUCAGCGCUUAACUUUGCGCACUUUCACAAGUGGUCCGCAGUUAGCCAAGAAACCGAUCCCAGAGAAUAUACGUCACAGGGUCCAAAUCUCUUUGUGCGAUGCCGCAUUAACUCCGCCACUCCCUCAAGCACUCAUCAGAGAUCCCAAAGUAGCAGCAUACCUUAAGUACUUUUCAUCGUAUGGAAUAUGCCCCCUCGAAUCAGCUCUUCAGUCCUAUGGCCCUGUUCAGGGUUUCUCCCCGUCUGUUUCGAAAUCCUCUUCCCGCACUGCUCCAUCUAGCGGCUUUCCCGGCAGCACGAGAUCAGCGCCAUCGCUUUGUACACCGACUGAAAGUGGCAGCUCAGCUCAGUCACCAGACACAAGCAGAAGAGCCGGGGGACAAGUUGCACGAAGCAUCAGUAAUUCUACAUCAUUAUCAGUCUCAUCAAGAAGUGGUACUCUGAGGAUAAACGGGGGCGGUGAACAUGAAGAACGGAGACAGGCGAGUUCGGCUGUAGCUCCUGGUAGAAGCAAGAAAGAAACUGUGGAACAGUCGUGUCUCUACCCUCCUCGCGCCGGGCCAGAAAGGGAAACUGACAAAGACGCUACAACACCGAACUUGGUUAGAGCGAGUUCAGUUAAUUCGUCUGUCCGAAAAAGUGCCGAGGUUCGAGGAUUUCGAGGGCUGGCACCCACCAGCACCGAUACUGGAGAACGUGCACGAAUAUCGUCGUGGUCUCAUCAACAAUCAGCUGAUGUGAACCUUUCUGUGGCAGGUAUCACGAUGACGGUAACGCCAGUGACAGUCAGUCGAACAGGCAGAGAAUCGAUGGCGGCCAAAAGUCAGGGCUUCGCGUGUAAUGUUUUGCCCCGUAAAGAUCUCGACUGGGGGUGUGGCGCUCUGAGAAAAGUCAAGGGCUCCGAGCUUAUGAAGGGGAGGUUUGUCGUUGAGAAACAAAUCUCUGAGACAGAAACACGAAAGGUGGUGCUGUUGAAAGAUCUCACAUCGAAGACGGCUGCACUCAAACAAACAAACAAGAAACUCGGACAGCGAAAAACGGUCGAGAGCAAGCUACAACAUAUAGAACAGGUCCUAGAAGAGACAUUCGCAACAAUACAGAAACCGUUGUUGGCUGCAUCCGAAUUCCCAGAAUUCGCCUCCUCCUCUGAGUCUCAAAAAAGCCACUAUUUGAAAAAGAAGACUUUGGUUUUCGGGUCGUCGUGUGCCACGCAAACGGAGGUGGAAUCAGAUUCCACCAGAAAAACCCGUUAUGUCGUUGUGGUCGACCUCGCAAUGGACAUGGAGGUUUACCUUCCGGACGUCCGGGAGGAACUUACCAAGCUUAUGCAGGAAACCAUGCUGAAGCAGCACUCUGUCCUCAAUAUCGUUAAACUGGGUAAUAAGGUCGAGGCCUGCUUCCCCACCAUGCCCACCCGGGUUGACGAACGCACGGUUACUAUUGUUGAUAGAUUCAUUAACUCUCUAGCGAAAUCCCAGCGAAAAGGAGGUGGCACCGAUCUUGUGGAAGGCCUCCGGGAGGCGCUUCUCAUGAAACCCGAUGUGCUGUACUUGAUAUCUCACACUCCGCCCUCGACAGUCAGACACCAAGCAGCGUGCGUCAAGAUGGUCCAGGAGUACUUCCAAAAUCUGAAGGACAAAAGAUUGGCUGCCGGUGUCAUUGGUUACCAGCCCCCUGCCGAAUUCCGAUAUUUUGCAUUCCGAAAUCCUCUCGCUCAGUCUUUGUACGAGCAAUUCUUUCGGCAACUGUGUGCUGUCUCGACCAACUAUGAUGAUCCGGAAAAUGUGGCCGAAAGGAACUGUGUACUCGCAGAUCGCGAGGCUUUGUGGAGGUCAGUUCUCAGGGACACGAAAAAGGCGAAGCAACUACGGGCAAAGUUGAAGAAAGUGAACUCAUCAAUAGAGUACUGGCUAGUUCUCUACUAGCUGCUCCAUAAGACUUACGGGUCCUGCUACCUAGCCCCACCCGUUCUAAAUCUAGCUUCUUCUGCUACAGGGACAGACGGCAAGAGCAAACUUAUGUUGAAGACAGUCUCGCAACACAACGACGAAUCCGCAUCAAUCUGCGGGCCAAUCCAGCAUGAAGAACCAUGUGAUACGGACUGUCUGUUGCGCUUCUCACAAUGUACUGCCGCCAGAGCACAUCACUGGAACUGUUGCCUCGCGGUAUUUGUGACAUCUCUGCACCGGAUAUGUCAUCAACGAAUAAACAGAAUAAACACAGCCUGGAGGAAGUUCUGCAGACAACGCCAGCUUUGCAGACAAGCGCACCCACAAAGAACUGUCCGCGGCUUUCUACGGGAUAGCUCUCCCGGUCAUUUACGUGUGUUCGCUACUGAAAAAGUAUUGCCACGUUUUGCCUGUGGUGCAGAAAACAGCUCAAGUCGCUGCGACUAGAGAACAACUUCGCCGCGUAGUGCCGGUAUGCCAUGCACGGUCCACCUCAUCAACAGCCAACUCAAGGAUACGCUACAAUCGCACCAGUUGUUCAGUAACUUUGUCCAAGCAAUGACGCAGGAUGAAACAGAGCGCAUCGGAUAACUCUUUAAUGAGAUGAGAAUCUGCUGGUAGCUGAAGGGAGCCCUUCCCUAGCUCGGUAGUGAAGAACAGCAGCGCUAGUCGUAAACGCGUUUUUAAGUGGAGCUGGUCUGUCACAACCUCCUCGAAUCAGCAAACGUAAAAUCGCAUUGUUGCACAUGCUUUCGCCUUGGCCGUUUUUACUCUGCCUUCGUUUGUGUAGAUACACAUAUUUCCGUACCUGCCGUUUGAUCCACACUUGGUUUCCCCCAGUUCCGCUUACAUACGUACACACCCCCAAAUCAAGAAACUGUGGCAGUCUUCAUAUAUUCUAGGCCUGCAGGUGACACAGGUGAGCUUGGUCUUGGGUCGAGUUCCUCCUGCUCUCCCUAUCACCCAAACGGCAGUCAAGCCACUUCGGAAAACGCGGCAACAACGGCCAAAGAAAUCGGCACUGUGAAGAAGAACCUCGCUGUUCAUUACUUGCCCCAUUAUUUGGGAACUGUUGCGUGCAGGACCUCCGAGAGAAACUUCACAUUGAAGCGGCCGUCGAAAAACUUCUCAGGAUGGAUCAAGCGAAGGUGAGGAAAUCUUUGGCUGUCUCCUGACGGCACCUGGUUCACCAAUGCGGCUGUGUCGUAUCAUCGAUUUGGACUCGUGCUAAUUGUUGCUCAACAACAACGCGGCCAUAACUUUCUGAGUUGAGAGUUUUUGGCUUGAAAGGGUAAGACACUGAGAGGACAGAGAUGCCUCUCCUCUGCGAGGAAGACACCAACCUAAUCCCAGGUAAGAUUGUUCGCCAACGGGGCACAUACGGCAUUUUCAACUCGAGCUCCCUAAUCUGAAAUCCCAAAUGUCUUGUCAAGUUCAUGUCCCACCCCAAAAACAUCUAUCCCCGUAAACAUUGCCUUCCUCCUUUUGCCAGCAGUUAUCACAACUGCACAUCUGGAGAUCCCUAAACUGUCUCUGGCUUGAGGCACCGCCAGCACAAAUUGCUGGACUUGUGGUUCCUCAGAUGUGAUACUCGUUGGUUAAUAUCGUGUCUCUUGCCUUCAGUGCGAAGAAGCGAUGAACAGACCGGUGAAGAUGCAGAUCCAGCCUUCAGACACCUUCCAGAGACCGCCGCAUCCCGGGAAACAGCACAGGGAAAGUACCACAGGCAAAUCCAUCACCAAUCGCGGGGAGCGCACAAAGGAGAAGCCUCGUGGACAGGUUAAGACGCGCAAACGUGGGCGAAAGAAGAAACAAGGACACAGCCGAACGCCUCACUGAGCAUUUUUGAUUUGCGUUUUGUGUGGAAAUGCAUCAUCAUUCUACUGACGAAAUGCUCGACAGAUACGGUGACUCGUGGUCAUCUUACAGAUUAUACACAGCUGUUUCCUGAAAGCUGUAACAGAAUCUGAACUGCGCUUAGGGAAAGCAUGCUGUGAUGUUAGGUCCCGAAGCUUUAACAAGCUAAGGUAAAUCUUUCGUGAAGAACUCAACAGGUUCUUUGUGGAGCAUACUUCCUUUCUGUAUGUUUCGUUUGCCGGUAAAAAACUACUGAGCUUACACAAAAAUGCCUUUUGGAUCACCUCUGGUGGUGCACUUCCGAUAAGCGCGUAUGAGAAGACACCAAACGUUGUCAACUGCCGGCCUGGAGGCCUGUCGCAUCGCAUACUUCAUUGCGAGAGAAUGAGAACUAUAGAGCUGCACCUCAUUACAUUGUAUUUCAGUUCUGGUGCAAGCACUGCCACGUCGGAGGCUGUCACACACCUUUUGCCUCCAAUGCGUGAAAAGCACAACACUGUGACAUACAACUGCAGAACUGGGUGAAUCUAUUUGCUCCUGAAUUCGACCGUCCUUGUACGCGGAGACCGUCACGGGCCCUCUGGUCUGUCCACCCUAUGCCGUCCGCUACUAAAGCAGACGACCGACAAAGUUUUCAAUAGUCCAAAACCGAGAAGAGACGUGGUGUUUCAUCCAAUACCCGAGACUGCUCAUGAUUAAAGCCAACAACUAUUUUUGAAGUGCUCGGGAGUCCGCUCUCGAGUUGCAGUUGGUCUAAGAAAAAGUGUUUUCGACGGCAGCACCGAUUAUUCGUAUGACCCAACGUCUCUGUCAUUAAAGUGCAAGAAAAGCCAUGCUUCUUCUUCCUUCAACUGGGGAACAAAGUAUCUUGAAGUGUCACGCGUCUUGCCACACACGACGUCGCUAGUGGCUGGCCUGUACGGCACGGUGUCUGCCGUCUGAACUAUCCUUCCGGCCACUGUGUCAGUUCGUGUCGUACUUCCGGUCUCCGAAAUGAACAGCCAUUUCAUGGUUUAAGAGAUCGGUGACUGAAACAACAAAAUUAACUCUCGGCCAGCACUAGGCGAAGAACAAUGCAACCAAUGUGUCUAUGCA